CAUACAUACAUACAUACAUACAUAUCAUCAACAUUUACCCCCCAUUGUCUUUUAGACUAGACUUCUACUUAUCUUCUUCACAUCAACUUCACAUCAACUUCUAUCCUCCCACCUGAAGUUCUCUAUUGUCCUAAAAGGACAAUAUCAUUAAAAAUGUCCGAAUCACAAUCACCAAGAUCUAUCCCCUCUUCUCCCUCACAGUCCCUCAUGGCACGCCGCGGCUCUUCCAGAUCGCUAUCCUUAGAUAUUUCAGGCUUACCGCCACUACAACAACCCACGCCACCUACAAACACCCUGCUCCUCACCAACCUCAAUGACACCGACAUCUUCCGACCUGAUAACCUACAAACCCUCCGUGACCUAAUCCAGGCAACCGCACCGAUAUAUACAUGGUCCCCAUUGAAGUCAUUCCGCCGCAUAAUAGUAUCCUUCUUUGACGAACAGGCUGCCAUUCAGGUACGGGGAGUAUGGGACGGUGAAGCCAUAAUGGGCGAGCGAUGCCGAGUCUACUUCGGCCAACCCACUCCUCUUGACCUACACAAGGACGACCGACUUCAACUACCCGAUGCCGGCAAGCUAUUCUUUAUCAGCCCCCCGCCUUCGCCGCCCCAUGGCUGGGAGAUGAAGCUGGAGGACGCCCCGAACAAGCAGGUCCACGCCGAAGAUCUAGCCGAGGCCUUGGCCAAAUUGCGCCACCAGGCUGGUCCCGCCACCGACCUCUCCCCUGUCUCCCCGGUCGACGCUGCUUCUACCACAUUCAAGUCCAGGAGCAGGAGUAGCACCCUGAUCUACCAUCCCGAUGAGCACGGCGGUAGCCCGAACCUACCCGCUAUCUCGGUCGAUGAUAUGACAGAUUCACCGAUGCAACUGAACCAUCCUGUUAGCGAUGGCAACGGCCCCAUAAAGGCACAUACAUCACGGCCGCCUGUGGAGCUCAUGGAAUAGGAAUUCCGCCACGCGGGUCUUGCGGAUAACAGGUGUUGACAAAAAAGUUUUAUAUUUCCAUUGCAGUUCGGGCAGUAUGGCGUUAAGGACGAGUAAUUAUGGGCACAUGAGUGUAGGGUUUAAACUCGAUAUUCCUAUACCACACAGCAUGGCAUCAUCUACGAAGGGUUACGGCAUUGGUACAUUGAGCACGUGCAUCGCGGAUAGACUGAAUGUACUCGAUUAUCACUGCAUAAUACGAAAGGAGUAAGGGCCGAGAAUCAAGAGCGAGCAAAUCCAGGAGUAUUCCAUAUAAAUAUCCAUUAAAUCUAAGCGUUCUCUACAUACAUAGGUAUCAAUCAACAAGUGGGAUGUACAAAAUAUCCAUAUUUGCUACAUUUACACAAGCCAUA